AUAGAAUUGUCUAUCACUGAACGUAAGCUUUCUGAACAAAAUUCAUCACUACAAAAAAAAUUGGCUAUCGCUGAGCGGAAACUUCUUGCACGCAAUGAACGCAUUCAGGCUAUGGAAGCCUUAUUGCAAGACGCACAAGAGAAACUUUCCACACAGAAUCAAAA